UGGAGCUAUGCUGCUAUCGGUCCGGAUUCACGACUCAUGGCUGUCGGAGUUGUAAACGCGUUGAACCUUCGGAUAAGAUAUAUAUGUCUCUUGGGAGCAGUAUACCUUUCAGCAACCAGUCCUUGCUCUUUCCUCGCUACGUUUGCAUUCCGCAACCUCGUCAGCAAAGAUGCGUUUCAGCUCGCCGUUAGCCCUUUCUUUACUCGCUGGGACUCUGUCGCAUGCUCUGCCGGCAACCCAGGAUGAACCCACCGCGAGUGUGACAGCCGAAGCAACCCCGGUUUCACUGGAAACUCCUUCAACCGACACUGCUGUUGCUUUCGAUCAACUAGAGCAGCUGUCUGAUUUUGCCCAAGGUCAGGUCAAUGCUUCCUUGAGUGAAGGAGCCAAAUCAAAACGCGGAGGCUGCAACUUGUCCAAUGUUGCUAUUCGACGAGAAUGGGGAUCACUGUCGAAGGCAGACCGCAAGUCGUACACAAACGCUGUUCUUUGUCUGCAGAAAAAGAAGGCCAACACGCCUUCAGCGCUCAUGCCCGGAGCAAAGACGCGUUACGAUGACUGGGUAGCGACGCAUAUCAACCAGACGUUGACUAUCCAUUACACUGGAACCUUUUUGGGAUGGCACCGCUACUUCACAUGGCAAUAUGAGCAGGCACUUCGCAAUGAAUGUGGCUACCGCGGCUACCAGCCUUACUGGAAUUGGGCCAAGACUGCCGUUACAACUCUGGAGAAAUCCAGCGUACUCGACGGUUCCGAUUACUCGAUGUCAGGCAAUGGUGCAUACAUUCCCAACCAGGCCGGUAUCAUCAUCGGCGGAAACGGUUUGCCUGAGAUCCCCAUCGCUGCUGGUUCGGGUGGUGGUUGUAUCACUUCUGGUCCUUUCGUCAACAUGACUGUCAAUCUUGGUCCUGUUGCUUUGGGGAUCGCGGGUGGUGCGGUCGUUGCUAACGGGAAUGGAACGACGUACAACCCAAGAUGCUUGAAGCGUGAUUUGACGGAUUACACCAACCAGCGAUUUGCCAACGCAAGCAGCAUCGUCAACUUGAUUCUGAAUAACGACAACGUUGCCGACUUCCAGUUGAAUAUGCAAGGCAAUCCUGCAAUUGCUGAGAUUGGUGUUCAUGGCGGAGGUCACUACUCUAUGGGUGGCGAUCCCGGCCGAGAUCUUUUCACGUCCCCCGGUGAUCCGCUUUUCUACCUUCAUCACGGUAUGAUCGAUCGGGUCUGGUGGAUUUGGCAACAAUUGGAUCUGGAGACACGCACUGGAGCAAAGGGCAUUUCAGGCACUGGCACUUUCUUCAAUAACCCUCCCUCCGCAAACACAACUCUCGACACGCCAAUCGACAUCGGCUAUGCGGCCUCCCCGCCAGUCACAAUGCGCGACAUGAUGAGUACCACUGAGGGGCCUCUUUGUUACGUCUACGUAUAAAUGGAAUUGGAGCAUGUUAAUUUGUUGAUGUUACACAAACAACUGUGUCAUAAUCUCGUAAUAGAC